AUGUAAAAGUUGACUGAUAAACAGAAAGCCAACUCUCUUGUUAAGAAGGACCAAAGUAGAGAAGAGGAGAUUGAAAAUGAUGGAAAAGUUCGUAAAGUGAGAAGUCCUUCCAGCGUGGCUGACUUGAAUGAUUUGAGAUCUUAUAGAAGCCCAAAAAGUGUAAAAAGUGCAAGAGGCUCCAAUUUAGUGAUUAAUUAAAGUGGAAACGAUGAGCAGAGAAAAAAACCCCCUCGGAGAUUGAAUAGUACAAUAAUGGCUAGACUGUCUAAAUUGCAAAACAUAAAAUAAACACCUACAUUAUAGAAAUGGAUUUCCUUAUUGAUUGAGGGAUGGAUAUUUUCUAUUAUAAUGGCCAUAGUAACUCUUUAUGCUUUAUUCGGAGAUGAUGUGAGAAUUUUAUCAGUUGAUAAAACGGAGGAUGACAUCUUUUUCAUUCUAACUAUAAUAAGUAUGUCCUUUUUUUCACUUGAAAUAAUAUUGACUUCCAUAGUAAACCCAAACUAUAUUUUGAAUUUUUACUUUUUUUUGGAUGUAAUUUCGACAGCAACAAUGAUUUUAGAUAUUGGUUGGAUCACUGAUUUGUGGUAUGGGGAAGAAGGCGAUAUCGGGAAUGCUGCAACCAUAAAAGCAUUGGGUAGGGCCUCGAGAGUGGCUAGGAAGGCAGCAAGAGUGAUUCGAAUAAUUCGUUUAGUAAGAUUGGUAAAAUUAUAUAAACAUGCAAGAUUAUAAUAUGAGAAAGAGCAAUAAAAAAAAAUUCUUUAAUAGAUUCUCAAAUAAAACAAACUAAUAAGCGAGGAAAAUUAAAAACAGUAUUAGCAAUAAUAAUAAUAAUUAUAACAUUCAUAAUAAUCUUAAUAAUUAAAUAAUGGCACUCCUCAUCAACAAUAUUUAAUGUAGAGAAACUCUUCCUAUCCAUCUCCUCCUCCAUCAGGUAGGUAGCAUUUUAAAUCUAACGAUGAUGGGUAAGAACUCAACGAACAAUAAAAACUAGUUACUGAAUGUAAACAACCUUAUAUUGGGUAGAUGCAACAAUCGUUAGUUCCUUAGAACAACCAGAUAGGAGGUUCAUAGUUGUCUGCCCAAUCUAAUCAAUAAUCUAAUCAAUAUCAAGCAAAUGUGAAUGCUGCAAUCACAUUAAAUGAUUAAUUAAAGUCAAGUCAGAUAUCUUUAACGAACAGUGAUAAUGUGAAGGAAAGCAAUGUUGGUACUAAAUUGUCAGAUUUGGUGAUGAGGAGAGUCAUAACAAUAGUUUUAUCCAUUUUAAUAAGUAUACCAGCCUUAUAGCUGGACACUUAUUAGGAAACGAUAAACUCUUAUGAUUCAGGUAUCUUUAGAAUUGCAUAGUUUAAGGACAACUAUUAAAUUGUUUCAAGUCUUACACAAUAAUAUGUCGGAUUCCAUUAAGAUGAGAUCUAUCCCAUUCUUGCUGUUUUUGUAUAAAGACAAAAUGUGACUGAGAGUUCUCCUAAACUCAAUGAUUCAAAUUUCGAAAUAUUCAACUACUCUCAAAAUCACAAUUGGUUUCAAGAAACAAGUUAUAAAUUAGAUCAAUACAGAUAAUCAGAUAAGUAAUAUUAUGCUGCAGUCAAUUCCAAUAACAUUUUGGUAACCUGCUCUGUGGCUGAUUUAGUAGAAUACAAUAAAACAAAUGCUAUUCUUUCUAUCUUUUAAACUAUAUUUGUAUGCAUAGUCUUAGCUGGUAGUGCAGUGCUAUUUAAUAAAGAUGUCAAUGAAUUAGUGAUAGAUCCAAUAGAAAGGAUGAUGGAAAAAAUAGAAUUGAUAGCCUAGAAUCCCUUAGAAGCUGUCUAUAUUGAAGAAUAGGAGGAUCUCAUAAUGGAGCAAUUGGAGAAAGAUGAGGAUGAUGAGAAAAUUAAGUAGAAAUAUAUGGAAAGGAGAAUGGAAACCUAUCUUCUGUAGAGAUUAAUAAUGAAAGUGGGAGCAUUGUUGGCUGUAGGAUUUGGUGAGGCAGGAUCUGAAAUAAUAGCUGAGAACAUUAAAAAAGGAGGCAGUGUUGAUCCCAUGUUACCUGGUAAAAAGAUAAUGGCUAUCUUUGGAUUUUGUGAUAUCAGAAAUUUCACUGAUGCUACAGAAGUACUGCAACAAGAUGUCAUGGUUUUUGUCAAUGAAAUUGCAGAGAUUGUACAUUCUACUGUUGACAGUUAUGGAGGAUCUGCAAAUAAAAACAUUGGAGAUGCUUUCCUUCUAGUUUGGAAGUAUUUCCCCAUGGAAUACCAUCCAGAUCCUCAAUAUCCAUCCAAACUCAUUGUUCGCACUGAACAUCAUAUUAAGCAGAAGGGCGACAUGGCAGUGUUGUCAUUCUUAAAGAUUAUCACGGCAAUCUCAAUUUCCAAGAAAUUAGAAAAGUAUAAGAAACAUGCAGGAUUGAAUGCUCGUAUGAAGGAUUACUCUGUUAAGAUGGGAUUUGGAUUACACAUGGGAUGGGGCAUUGAAGGUGCAAUCGGAUCCUCAUUUAAAAUCGAUGCAUCAUAUUUGAGUCCGAAUGUCAAUCUGGCAUCCAGAUUAGAAGCUGCCACAAAAUAAUUUGGUUCUGUCAUCCUAAUUAGUGGAAUCUUAAAAUAGCAUCUCACAGAGCAAUGUUAGAAACAAUUAAGACUCAUUGAUAUUGUUACUGUGAAAGGUAGCAUUGAACCUGUAGAAAUCCAUACUAUUGAUAUGUCAAUCAAGAAUCUCAUAGCUAAAACGAAAGAAUUGCAUGACAAAUUUGACGUGACCAAAAUGAAUUAACAAGAAUAAAAGCAGUUCAGAGUGCUCAACAGAUUCAAAAGAAACUAACUUUAAAAGGAUGUAUCCAAGGACAAAAUCAAUGUUGCUGAUUAAUUUAAUACUGAUGAAGAAAUCAUCCAUGCCAGAGAACCUUAUACCAAAGAGUUUUACCAGGCUUGGCUAGAGGGCUUCCAAUUCUACAUCAAAGGCUAAUGGGAACUUGCAUAAUCUCUAUUUUCUAAGACUUUGUAUAUGAUUCCAGAUCACAAGGAUGGUCCAUCGAACACUCUUUUGGAGGUCAUCCAUUCUCAUGGAGGAAAGGCUCCACAUGAUUGGAAAGGAUACAGAGAGCUUACAGAAAAAUGA